CAGGUCGCACAGAUUAGGUUUGGCCGCGAUCGCGAUCGUUUCUCCGCGGCGGAGUUCUGGUGCUCUGGUGCACGCGAUAGUGACGAGAUGCUGGAAAGUUUCCAGUAAUUCUAGCCAUCAUCUGUGGAUUACGUUGGACGUUGGACGGGUGGGAGUUUCCGGAAGAAAAUCACCAACAAAUCCUCCACCAAAACCCUUAAACCACCCUCACAACCAUGGAAACGGACGACGCCGCCUUCGACGGGAUCCUGGAGAAGGUGGGCAACGAUGGCCGCUUCCAGCGGCGGUUCAACGUGAUCUUCAACGUCGGCGCGAUCAUGUUCGCCUCGAUGUCCUACAUGAGCAUCAUUCUGGCGCUGAACAAACCACCCCACAACUGUCACGUGCCCGGCAUGGAGCGGUUCAACAUCAGCGACGUGGACGCGUGGCGCAAUUUGACGCUGCCCAAAGAAACCGACAACAAGGGCGUCCUGAGCUUCAGCAAAUGCAAAAUGUACAACCUGACCGAGGACCACUUCAAGGUGCACUACAGCGAGUGGUCCUUCCAGGAGAAGGAUGAAAUCGCUUGCGUCCACGGUUACGACUACGAUCGGACGUACUACGAUCGAACCCCAAUCACCGAGAACGACUGGGUGUGUGACCUGGGCCAGCGGGAAACCAACAUCUUCAUGUACAACCGAUUUGGCGAGCUCGUGGGGACGUUCAUCUUUGGCCAGCUGGGAGACACGUUGGGUCGUCGACCAGUGUUUUACUUCAGCGUGCUGAUCAUCACCGCCGGUCGCCUUAUCUCGAUGUUCACGGCCUCCUACUAUCUGGUGUUCAGCAUAGCGGCCGUUCUGGGAUCACUCACGGCCAACUCGAUCUUCCAGGCUCCCCUGAUCAUCGCGAUGGAAAUUUCGAAAAGCGAACGCCGAGGAUACAUCUCCAUGAUGCAAUGCAUCGGCUGGACCGUGGGGCUUUGCAUCCUGCCGAUGGUGUUCUGGGCCACCCGGGACUGGUUCUGGGCGCUGAUGUUCACCACCAUUCCGAUCUUCCUGUUUAUCUUCAUUCCGCAGUGAGUAAUUAGUUGUACAGUGGA